AUGGGUUUACUACAGCUUGGUACACCACUUGAAUGGCCGGAAGCUAAGAAGGCAGCUUCGCAAGUCAGAGAAUGGGGCAUAGAGCAAUUGUUGCACAUUUGGAAUCAGGCGAAAGGAAAGGAGCGUAAUGCAUUACUCUGGGGCGAUGAAAUAGAAUAUCUCGUCGUCAGUCUCGACGAUGAGCAGAAGAAGGCUAGGUUGUCCCUCUGCCAGGCUGAGGUCCUGAAGUCCUUGGCAUCAGACGAAGCAUUGGCGAAGGCAAAUGCUGUCAAGUCGCAUCCCCCAGACGAUCCAAUCGGCAAUGAUUCAACAUUGCCGACCUUUCAUCCAGAAUUUGGCCGGUUCAUGCUGGAAGCAACACCGGGGAAACCAUGGGGUAUCGGCUUCAACGAUCUGCUCAAGGUCGAGAACGAUAUGAAGAACCGGCGCGUCAUCGCGAAAGCUCACAUGGACAAAAAUCAGUUGCCCAUAACGCUGACUACCUUCCCCAGACUCGGUACAAAGGACGACUUCAUUGAUCCGUACUACCCUCCUUCAGGCCCUGCUCUGCGAUCACAAUUUGUUCCGGACGAGAUCGCGAACCCUCAUAUUAGAUUUCCCACUCUUGCCGCAAACAUUCGAUCACGUCGAGGAAGGAAGGUAGAGCUCAAUGUACCUGUCUUCAAGGACAGCAAGACACCGUCACCGUUCAAAGACCCGACCGUAAAUUACGAUCUCCACAAUUGGCCAGAGGAUGACGAUGUGCGAAAUGGCGCGGCGAAGGAUGAUCAUGUCUAUAUGGAUGCGAUGGCCUUUGGUAUGGGCAGCUGCUGUCUGCAAAUAACGUUCCAGGCGAAGAACAUCAGAGAAGGCCGAACCAUGUACGAUCAACUGUCUCCACUUGGACCCAUAUUCUUGGCCUUGACUGCUGCAACACCAAUCUACAAAGGCUUCCUGGUUGACACGGACGUUCGAUGGAACCAGAUCUCGAGAGCCGUUGACGACCGAACGAAAGAAGAGCUAGGUGAGGCACCACUGAAGAACGAUCGCUGGCGGAUACCAAAGUCUCGGUAUGCAUCAAACAGCACUUACAUCGCAGAGGAUCCAAGGUUGCGGCCUGAGUACCUCGAUCCAGAUCUGGUCGUUGAUGAAAAGCUGAAGCGGAGGUUACUCGAUGGCGGUAUGGACGAGCGACUAGCAACACAUUUCGCUCACCUCUUCAUCCGCGACCCGAUUGUGGUGUUCAACGAGGACCUCAAAGAGCUCGACGUGAAGGGUUCGAACCACUUUGAGAACCUUCAAUCAACGAACUGGCAACAUAUGCGAUUUAAGCCACCGCCAACCGAUGCUGAUAUCGGCUGGCGCGUGGAAUUCCGCUCCAUGGAAAUCCUUAUGACUGAUUUCGAGAAUGCCGCCUUCUCGAUAUUCAUGGUCCUCAUCACGCGUGCUAUCCUUUCGUUCGACCUCAACUUCUACAUCCCCAUACCCUGCACCACAGAGAACAUGGAGACCGCUCAUCAGAGGAAUGCUGUCAUGGACUCGAAGUUUUGGUUCCGCAAGGAUCCGUUCCCGCGUCGCAGCGGUCGGUCGCCAUUGUUCGAUGGCGAGAACGGCAGUGCCUCGGCAUCUGGCACGAGCACACCAGCGAAUCAGAGCCGGCCUCAAACACCAGCAGAGCCGGCUCCAGUGACAGAUGAGUACACUCUAAUGACAGUCGACGAGAUCAUCAACGGCUCCUCGAACCCAGACUGCGGCUUUCCUGGCCUCGUGCCAAUCGUCGAGUCUUACCUCAACAACAUGAAUGUGCCAGUGGUGACGCGUUGCGAGCUAGCUCGUUACCUUGAUCUCAUUAGGCAACGCGCCAACGGCACACUGUGGACUGGAGCGAAAUGGAUUCGAGAGUUUGUGCGAAAACAUCCGGACUACAAGCAGGAUUCUGUGGUGAGCGAGACUAUCACAUACGACCUUAUCAAAGCCGCCGAUCAGAUCACGAGAUGUGAAGGACGAGACGGUUCAUUGGGUUGGGAGAUGAUGAGUGCUCAGACGCGUGCGAAGGGUCUGGAUCACUGA